ACCUAAUAUCAGGCAGUGUCCGGGUGUAGCUAGUGGUACCUAUCAACGGUCAAGGAACAACCUUACACAAUCACCAUACAGGAUGGAUGGCAGCCCUAGAUAAGGGGAGCAUACACGCGGUGGACGGCGGCCGGUCACUCCGCUAUUGGUGUGCGGUAGUGUGGCACGGUAUUGGUGUCAAAACAAAAAAAGAACACUAAAUAAAGUUCAUCUGUGUAUUGUUGUGUACUUUUAAUGCCGCAUUUGUGUUUUAAUUUGGAAUUAUACUCUAAUAUAAGCUGUGUUUACCGGAAAAAAGGAUUGGAUAUUGUCAUAAUUGGAAGGUAAUAAGUAUCCAGUGAAACAGUAUUAUUAUGUAUUCUACGGUGAAAGUGAUUUCAGAUUUCUCUCCGUCGUGUCGUUGUGGAGUUGCAGUUAAUGUGCUCGAGAUGGUGCGAGCUGAACGUGGCCUGCGUGUGCAGCUACGGGAGCAGAUCUACGCGUACUGCGCGUUCUGCAUAGCAGUCUCAGCCUUGCCUGCCCUGGCUUUAUCUUACGUUGUGGUACGAAUAAGCAAACAUUUAUGGCUGAAACUACUCUCAAGCAGGUAUCCAAAUUUAGAGUUCAUAAGAACGGACACGGUCCGAUCUCUGCUGGACACGCAUAGAAAUCAAGGCAUAAUCAAUGUGUUACUCUGUAUAAAAGGUGCGUUAGAUACCGAGGAAAUAAAAAAUGCACUGGCGCAACAUGUGAUUGAUCGUCGAGACCAGAAAGGAGACUUACUGUUCCCCAGAUUACGACAUUUGCUGGUAUCAAGUUGGGGAAACUACGCAUGGGAUGCCAAUAUACAAUUCAGACUCGAAAACCAUUUUGUUAUGGCCAACGGCGUUUAUCGCGGUCGACCGGUAUCUGAUAGUAAUAUUCAGGAUUAUGUCAGCGAAAUUAUAUCUAAGUAUUUCCCAAGCGACCAACCGCCGUGGCAGUAUAUAAUUAUACCCUGCGUCUCCAUUGAACCAAAGUAUUACAUUUUAGUUCGAGUUCAUCACCUCCUUCUGACUGGCAAGAAAUCUCUUAACAUCGGCGACCUUUUACUGUUACGGGACAAGGAGCCGAGUCGGAUAUUCGAGCAAACUGAAUCUUCCCAGGAAAGCCCAUUGGCAAAGCUAUUUCCGAACCCAUCUGCGGUGUUGGAACUUUGGGAUAAAGUAAACGAAAAUUUAUCCAAUAUUUGGAAUGAAUUCAUAUUUGAGUAUGAUCCCACCGAAAGCACACACUCGAUGAAAAGUUUGCCUGGAAUUUUCCAUGUAGCUGGGAUUGUGUUAAUAUCAGCUGCAAAUGCUUUAAAAAACGUUACCAGAAAAAGAUCAGAAGAGAAAGAUUCGCAGAUAGCAAAAACGGCUAGCGUAUUUUUAACUGCCGUGCAAGGUGAAUGCAAGAGGAGAAAUUUAACAAUACCUAAGGUGUUAAUAUCACCUCUUGUAACAUUCGAUCCACGAAAGUGGCCUAGAAAAAUAUUUGAGGCAACAUAUUCAACAACUCAAAUAUUUCUAAGGUUACCGGCGUCUAUUCGGGAUGAGGUAAUGGCAUUGAAUGAUCUCCGAACUACGGGGCAAGUGAAACACAUUAAUACAUUGACGUGGAAGUACGGAGAUAUAGGACAACUAUGGGUUAAGGCAACGGCGGAAGCAAUGCGAGGCCUUGUUGAAAUAUAUCGAGCUCCUUCAAAUUUUUGGACGGACACCAUAAGAGCGGAUGGUGGGAAAAGGCAUAUUCUACAGACUGUCUCAUUAUGCGGAAGAAAGGUGACGUCAUGGUCGCGUCCAGUAUCUAGAGCCGGAAUUGAGCGUGCAGCACGAGCCUUAGGUGUAUCUUCCACAGACUUGGCGUUGUUUGCUGCAACUGAGUCCCUGCGUGCAUUCUUUGAACAUGCUCAGAGCGACACACCUGACUCCAUACUUAUCACGGCCAGGGCUGCCUCUGAGAGAUUUCUAUAUACAUUCUCUGAGGGCAACGGGAAGGAUUAUAAAAAGUCGCAGACAGGAGGAAUGGUGUGUCUGUCCCUACCUGUGGGUGCAACUCCAAGACGUAUAGCUGCAGUUGUUGAUGAGGCUUGCAAGCGUCAAGGAUUAUUGGCAGCCGGUUGGGCAGCCCAAGCUCGAUGUGGUGCUCUCACACGAUCAGUGCCAUCACCGCUAGCAAGACUCACAAUGAAUGUAUUAUCUCGCAAAUUCGCCGUAUCCUAUGCUGAAAUAAAUGCUCCUCUGGAUACAGCGGAGCGGACGACGAUGUGGGACAAGUCUAUAGAUUACGUUAUUUACUGGAGACCGCCGCAAGCCAAUAUAAGCAUGUCACUAACAGUGAUACAGUACGCAGACUCCGUCCGCUUAGCCGUAAUGGCGGACGCACGUCUGGCCCCGAUGCACACAGUUCCGGUCACACGUUGGCCUGCUGUCAUUGAAAAUCUCGUUAACAAAAUUGACCAGGAAAUCACUCGUAUUGCUGCGCAUGCGCAUAUGCCUGAACAUAUACCACGUAAAGUUCAAACACAAGUAUCUCUUCAGGAAGCUCAGGAAACCAGCCAAGAUGUAGAGACUGAACCAAACAUGCAAGGAAGUCAAAGCUCUCUUAAACCAGCCGGUCCUGUAAGGUAUAGUCCACCGCCGGAACGCAAACGUGUAAUUGAAAAGUGAACUUUGCGUUUAUAGGAGUUUUGAUACACAUCGUAUAAAUUUAGAAAAAUCAUAUACAGGAUUUUAUUUACCAAUGCUCAAUUUUGGUGGGUCUGUAUCAUUAAUAGAAAACAUUUCUAUUAAAUGUUUAAUUUUAUAACAUUCGAGAUUUGUAAUAAAAUAAGAGCAUAAUCGCGGCGCCACGCCACUGCGAGAACGUUGACCGGGAGGAUAACAGCUAAUAGCUUUCGAAUGGAUUUGUUUGUAUCGAUAUUCUAGUGUUUUGUUAUCGUGUCUGUCUGUAUUAAUUUUUUAUUAAGUACUGGAAUAAUAAUACUGUAUAUCAUUUUCCACAAGUUUGCUUUUGUCCUUGUUUAUGACGAAAUACAGGGAAUGGUAAAUAGUAACAAUGCAGACAUAGGAUGUUUAUACACAACAUAUGUCUGCAUUGUUACAGACAUAUUUUGAAAAUAAAUUCAUACUAAUCCUUAUUAAUACCAUAAAAGCCUUUUUUAAUCCCGCACAGCCCCUGGUGACAUCUGGCACAGAGGCCUGCAGACAGACAUGAAGAGAUGAGAAGGGUUUUAUUAUGAUGUCAAAGCAUCCGGGGACUAGAUCCGAAAUUUAAAUAACUGUGUACAGCAAGCCGUUUAAAAAAAAAAUAGAGAUAUCUUGCAAUCUGCAAAUUGCAUAUAGCCGAUAGCGAACUUCUAGCCCGGGAAUAUAAAAGUGCAAUAGCUAGUAAGUUUUUAAAAAUGGGCUACUCGUUAUAGAGUCGAAAACUCCGUAUUACUGAUUGCUGUUUUACAAAUGUUUUCAAAGUACGCUGACUGUAGAAGUGUAGACCAAUUAAAGCUUUAAAGCAAGGUUCAUUUUACUCAGAUAACCUGGAAAACGAGUGUACUAUAGCGAGACUGUCAAUUUUAUAAUAAGGGUACAUAAAGCUAAUUAGCAAGUAGCAACAAGGAUGACAUACAUAAAAAAACGAUGUCGAAGUUAAUUAUAAACUUAGAGGUGAACGCGGGAGAGGAAAUGUAACGUUACACGCUAUUCUUAUUAGGGAAUUUGGUGAGAACGUAGCGCGAAGCGCAACGAAUACGUGAAACGGUUCCACACUCAUGUCUUGCAGCUAUUACGUACUUGCGAUCUCGAACUCGUUGAGCAGCUUUUACUAUAAUCAUAAAGUGCAACGAUAUAAAUAGUGGGUACUUUGUAAACUCAUUGGAAGAAUAAGUGUGCACGCAUAGCUGGGUCGGCCAAAUCAGACGUCGCGAGCAGCGACGGGAUAGUUGCUACACUCCUUACCCACUUUCACUCCCUUCAUACCUCACCCUUUCGACGUACAUACAUACACAGGUAUUACAUUGUAUAAUUAAUGCACCACAAUGUAUAAGUUAGUUAAGCAAAAAGAAAGAUGUGGCAAGUUAGUAAUUGUAAUUUCGAUAUUCUUGAUCCUACCUGAAGAUUACCCCAGUCUUAUCGUAUGGAAUAUGAACUUUAUAUAUAGCUGACUUUCGUUGGCGGAUGUUGAAUUGUUUGUUGUUGAUUUGUUAUGCGAAGUUCAUAAUGCUGUCAAUUGAAAUCAUCUUCUUAAACAAAAUUCAAAACAUUUCUUAAACAAUGAACAAUAUUAGGUCUUUCAAUAUACAUUCAAUACACCAAACAGAGCUUCAAAAAUGUCCGCUCUAGGUCACUUAGCAAUUAUUUAAGGAUGCUCCGGUGUCGGAGCGAAACGUAUGGCGUGCGUAUAGAGUUAUAUUAUGGUAGAUCCGUUCCGUGUGUCGUAUAAAGAUUAAAGAAAUUAGAAACUGCACCAUAUAGAUUUUCCUACUUUUCGCUGAUUACUAAAUUGAAUAAGAAUUCCUUAAAAUAAAGUCUGAUACACUUGAGUGUAUGAAACGUUAUUUUGCGGAAUUCUUAUUAUUAUAGCCUACAGAAACCGUGUAUACGGCUAAUAUUGAAGCAUGAAAAACCACUCUAGACACUUCAUACCAUUUAGCAGUUAACUGUUAUUAUUUUACCUCUAAUGCUCUGUGUUAAGUAAGAUGUGCCCGGGCUGUUUUUACUGUUUUUGCACAGCACUUACAAUGCACAGCAUACAAUAAUGGCUGAAUGAGGAUUCUGUAUUUUUUUAAUUCGACUGUCUGAUACUAUCCAAAAAUUUCUUGAACGAUACCAAAUAUGAUAAAUAAUAACGCGAGGGUAAGCAGAUCUUUAUAGGUGCCAAUUCCCUUUCUUUGACGUACCUACGCUUAUGUUCGCAGAUUAUUGUGAGUCAAAGUUAUGUGAUAAUAUAAAAUUAAAUUAAGCAAAUUAAUAAAAUGAGCUUGGUACUUAUUAAAAAAACGAGAGUACUUGUAUAAAAUAAAUCAUUA